AUGGCUCCUAAAAGAAGUGAUAUCUGGUUUCAUUUUGAAAUUUUAAACGACAAAUGUAAUGCAAAAUGUUUGUAUUGCAAACAGAUUUUGUCGACAAAAAAUGGUUCAAUGGGUAAUUUGAAUCGUCACAUGAAGACGAAACAUCCUACAACUAGUAUUUCCAGGAAAGGGGUUACUGGUGCCACAGUAUCUUUAGAACAAACCCAGAUACAAGAGACAAGUACAAGUAACAGAGACUAUAAUUUACCAAGUACGAGUACCGGUGCCGAUACGAUGUCUGGUGUUAGUGUUUAUAGUGAGGAUGAGAACAUUGAACCUAAACCAAAAAAACUAAAGACUCAAUCAGUUUUAACUAACUUUGCUUAUAGUAAGAAACCACUAUCGAUUGCUAGAAGUAAAGAAAUUGACUUACAAAUAUUACGGUUUAUUGUGAAAGGUUACCAUUCAUUCAAAAUUGUAGAAGAAGUAGAAUUUAAGAAACUCUUGGAGAUGUUGUCCCCUAAUUAUAAUGUACCAUCAAGGAAAACUAUCAGCAACAAUUUAUUGGAACAACUUCACCAAUCAAAUCGCGAAAAAAUUGAAAUUGAAUUAACUCAAGUUGAGUUCAUUUGUAUUACCACGGAUAGCUGGACAUCCACCAAUAAUGAGAGCUUUGUUGCAAUUACUGCUCACUACAUUAUCGAAGAGCAGUCUCAAUUAAAAUUAAGGUCCCAUCUGUUGGACUGUUUUGCUUAUGAGGAAAAACAUACCGCACAAAACUUAGCAAAACUUUUGGCUGAUAAAUUCAAAGAGUGGAAAAUUGAACUGAAAAUAGGAUGUGUGGUCACUGAUAAUGCACCUAAUGUUCAUGCUGCAGUGCGAGAAGGGGGAUGGAACUCACGUGGUUGUUUUGCACAUUUGAUCAAUCUUUUAGUGCGACAUGGUUUAAAAACAAUAGAUCCGACUUUGGAGAAACUGAAAUUAAUUGUAGCAUUCUUAAGGAAAAGUUCUGCAACAUUAUCAAAAUUAACUAAAGCACAAGUUCAGAUGGGAUUGCCUGAACUUAAAAUUAAGCAGGAUGUACGAACACGUUGGAAUUCAACGCUCGACAUGGUCAAUCGGGCAUGUCAAAAGAUGCCAUAA